CGUUUGACAUUCAUUUUGCUUUUUGCGACCCGUUUUGGUGGCGGUUCUUGCCGCGAACAUUUUGGUGGUCUGGUUGGUGCGAGGUACGGGCGGCCACGGGUGGUGUGCCGUCGUCGUUUGAUGCAAACCUGAGAGCUCCAGCGUAUCAGUUACAGUAAUAAUCCGAAAGUGUGCUGUUCCAUGUUGUUCAUGGGUGCUCUGAGGGUUGCCAAGGAUGGAUGGUGAUUGGGUCAGCGUCUACAGAGUACCUGAUACCUGAUGCCUAGAAACUAUCUGCACAAAUGUAUGAUCGCUCCACAUUCAAUCCUUUCAGUCACACACACUCUCUCUCUAUCCCACCCACACCCACACACACGAAUCUACGGCCCUCUCCUCUCCUCUCGACCUCUCGACCUCACCUCCUCUCCUCCUGAUGCAGUCUGCCGGACCCUGCGCAUCAUCUGCCUCCCACCGCAGCUACGAUAUGCACAAAAAAAAGAUACACGACAGAAGCCUGUUUCCUGCCGUGCUCCCACGACAACGUGGAUCCAAACAGGGUUGGUUCCGGGUGAGGGACGUCGAGGGUUGUUUCACCGGUUGUCUGCCCUCCUGUGCCAUGCAAGUGAGGUAAGAAAGAGAGGGAAGGUCUUAGACCUCUUCAGUGUGCCUUCGUCGUUGCUUACGGAAGGACGAUGUGAGACAGUAAUGAUGGCGAGCCGGUCGAACAAGGUGCUGCUCUGGACCGUCCUUUGGCCUUGGGAUUGGGACUCCAGAACUGGCUGUACGUCUCCAGACCAGGCAUACUGCAAGCGAAUAGGAGUAGGAGUAGGAGGCGAAACCUUAACGCACAUAGUCCGAUUAGCUGCACCCAAAAGUCCGUACCUGGCUGUCCUCACUCGCGUCUCCGGGAAAAAGGCCCGAUAACGUGUCCGUCUCCUCACCUGGUGAAGGUUCGGAUGUCCAGAUCGACGGAGGAAGCCUUUCGCCAUCGCAACCCUUUAUCAAAGCAGCGGAACUUGCGAAUCGAUCUGCCGAGAUAAUCCUUGCA